GUUGAAUGACUAUUCAAGAAAGCUUGUCUUCUGCACCAUUCUAGUUCUGAUCCUGCACGGAUCGACUGUUUCGAGCUUCGUCCCAUCGCUUGCAUGGAGAUCCUCGUGCUCUGAUCGCUCUAGUCUUCUUUCCUCCUCCCACCGGACAGGAAACAGGGUUUGCGACAUCCGCCAUUCCUCUCCUCGGCGUGCUCCAGUGCAUAUCACCAUGGCGACGACCGAGCCCGAGAAGAUAGUUGUAUCUGCACAUGAUGGACACGAGAUCUCCCUGUGGAAGAAGGGACCAGCUAACGGCAAGCCGAUCGUGUUGCUCCACGGGCGGACAUGGUCUGCCCGUCCAGUCUGGGAUCUUCAGGUUGGUAGCCCGCCGAGAGACGGCGCUUCCUAUCUUGGAGCCAACACGAUGGACCUGAUGGCCUCAAGGGGUUGGCUAGUGUUCGCUCCUGACUUCAGGGGGUUGGGGGGCACCAAGAGGGACGAGGAGGGGUGGACGACGCCCAACAAGUGCGUCUCCGACGUCCUUGCCGUGCUGGACUACUUGGCCAAGGAAGGACAUCAGAAGCCUCCGCUCGUCGGGUGGUCCCAGGGUGCUCUGAUCGCGCAGCUGAUCGCUCAGAAGCAUGCAGAUCGCAUCUCCCAGCUUGUUCUCUACGGCUCUAUCUUCGACAAGGACGUUGUCUACAGCCCUCCCUCCAAGGAAGACUACAACAAGCCCCCACCCUACAUCGCAAACACCAUGGAAGGCGCCAUGGAAGACUGGACGGUCCCGGGGAUAAUUGACGAUGAAGCUGCUCAGGCCUUCGGCGACGAGGCGCUGAAAUGGGAUCCUCGCAAGGUUUCAUGGUCAAAGCUGGAUGAGUUCAACGCUUGCAGGGGGGAGGAUGUUCACGUUCCUACGCUUGUGAUCCAUGGGGAGAAAGAUACCUACACCUCCAUCGAGAAGCAGAAGGAGCUAUUCCUGAGCAUAGCGAGCAUGGACAAGGCCUGGCGCAUCAUCCCGGGCUGCGAUCAUCCUGUACAUCUCUAUCCUGCCCAGAGGCUCUUGUGGCUGUCGAGCAUUACUUCGUUCCUCGAGAGAGAUCAUGGGAAAAACUGAGAUCGGGGUAGCUCCGACACUCGCGCACUAUCACGAUGAAAAUCUUUACUUCC